AGAAUCUGAAAGUGGAACACCAAAAGUUGGUAGUAAAGAGAAUGUGUGAAGGAAUGAAGAAGGUAGUGGUGACCGGUGCAUCCGGUUACCUUGGUGGAAGGCUCUGUCACGCCCUCCUCCGUCAAGGUUACUCCGUUAAGGCUCUCGUCAGACGCACCAGCGAUCUUUCCCAACUUCCUCCCCUUUCCGAAAUUAUCUACGGCGACGUCACCGACUUUUCCUCUCUCCUCUCUGCUUUCUCCGACUGCUCCGUCGUCUUCCACCUCGCCGCUCUCGUUGAGCCUUGGCUCCCUGAUCCCUCUAAAUUCUUCUCCGUCAACGUUGAAGGUUUGAAGAAUGUGUUAGAAGCAGUGAAACAAACUAAAACGGUGGAGAAACUCAUAUAUACGUCGUCGUUUUUCGCUAUAGGACCAACCGACGGAGCUAUUGCCGAUGAGAAUCAAUUUCAUCAUGAGAAAUUUUUCUGCACGGAAUAUGAGAAAUCAAAGGUUGCCACUGACAAAAUUGCACUUCAAGCUGCAUCUGAAGGGGUGCCAAUAGUAUUGCUUUAUCCUGGGGUUAUUUAUGGACCUGGUAAAGUCACCGGAGGAAAUGUUGUUGCAAAGAUGCUGAUAGAACGUUUCAGUGGACGAUUACCUGGUUACAUAGGCAAUGGAAAUGAUAAAUGUUCGUUCAGCCACGUUGAUGAUGUAGUGGAGGGGCACAUUGCUGCUAUGGAAAAGGGAAAAAUUGGGGAGAGGUAUUUACUGACGGGUGAAAAUGCGUCGUUUAAUCAAGUUUUUGAUAUGGCUGCUGUGAUCACUAAUACUAGAAAACCAAUGGUUAGUAUCCCUUUGUGGGUGAUUGAAUUGUAUGGAUGGUUGUCAGUAUUAUUCUCCCGAAUCACUGGAAAGUUACCUCUCAUCAGUCCACCGACGGUGGAUGUUUUAAGACAUCAGUGGGAGUAUUCCUGCGAGAAAGCUAAAAGGGAGCUAGAUUAUAAGCCCAGAAGCUUGAGAGAAGGGCUUGCGGAGGUACUACUCUGGUUAAAGAACUUGGGAUUAAUAAGAUAUUAGUGGAAUAUUAGAGUACUUCAUAGGCAUCACUUUGGCAUGAUCUAUACUGCAAUUGUAAAUGAAUCUGAGAUUCAGUUUCUGAAAUAAAUGUGAGAUUCAGUUGC